AUGGUCGGAACCAUACAGCCCCAUGAUGAUACUUUGGUGGUCACGUUGAGAAUUGGCGAGUACGAUGUCAAAAGGGUGAUGGUAGAUCAGGGUAGUGCUGUGAAUAUAAUGUAUCCAGACUUGUAUAAGGGGCUAGGUUUGAAGCCAGAGGAUUUAACAACCUACAACUCCCUUCUAGUAAGUUUUGAGGGAAGGAUGGUCGCUCCCAAAGGAUUGAUCAGACUGCCUGUACAAGCAAGUACGGAUGUGGUGGAAGUGGACUUUAUUGUUGUAGACGUUUUCUCUCCGUACACGGCUAUUAUGGGCAGACCUUGGCUUCAUACCCUUAAAGCGGUCUCGUCUACUUUGCAUCAGAAAGUGAAGUACCCAUCCGGAGGCCAAGUGUUGGAAAUAGUAGGGACCGAUGAGGUAGAGUGUGAAGAUUUGGAGAGGGUAAUUGUUGCUGGUGAUCCGGAAAAAUUCUUCCAGGUUGGGACUAAGUUGCCUUUGCAAGAGAAGGAGAGGUUGCUGGAAUUCCUCCGAGCAAAUGUAGACGUGUUUGCACGAAACCCGUAUGAAGUCCCAGGGGUGGACACAAAUUUCAUUUGUCAUCGACUCAAUGUGAAUCCCACCGUUAUUCCCAGAAGACAGCCUCCUCGGUGA